CACCAGCACCAGCACCAGCACCAACAACGCCGUAAUCAUGGGCCGCAAAACCUGGGACAGCAUCCCGCCUAGAUUCCGGCCGUUGAAGGGCCGCGUGAACGUCGUCGUCAGCCGCUCGCACGCCACUAGCCCAGCCAGGGCAGAAGAAGAAGAAGAUGGGGAUGGGCCGGUGAGAGUGUCCUCGCUGGAGCAGGCCGUCGCGCACCUCCACGCUGCCGCUUCUUCGUUUUCGGCGGAUGCGCCCGGGCCUAGCCGGGCCUUCGUCAUCGGCGGCGCGCAGAUGUACGCCGCGGCGCUGCAGCUGCGGGAGGCGCGGCGGGUGCUGCUUACGCGGGUGCUGGAGCCGGAUUUUGCGUGCGACACUUUUUUCCCGUUGGUUUUGUCCGAGGCCGGUGGUGGGGGCUGGGUGAGGAGGUCGAAGGAGGAGCUUGAUGCGUGGGCGGGGGAGACGGUGCCGGAGGGCGUGCAGGAGGAGAAUGGGACACGGUAUGAGUUUCAGAUGUGGGAGAGAGUUGAUUGAGGGUUGGCAUUUUCUUACGGCUAUGUACCUAUAUGUAUGUAUAUAGUAUAUAGGCAGGCAAGUAGGCACUUGUUCUAUUAUACACGGAGUCGUGGAGUCUCAAAAUAAUGAGACGGUGACUUAUUGGUGAGAUUUCUUUUUUUUUUUCAUGAAUCAUUACGCCGCGCCAACUUUUAUACUACCCUGAAACCACGUGCUAUUUUCA